GUUAAAAUUUGAUAAACAACAUAAUUAAAUGUACAGAGUUUUUUUAUUGAUCAUUUAGGCUUGUUUUUAUUUUCUAUUUCUCUCUCUCCCUCUCUCUCUCUCUCUCUUCUCUUCCUCUUUAUACAUUCAGCUAUCUCUAACCCUAUCCUUAUAUCCGCUUAUUUAUAUCUCUAUCUUUAGAUCACAUCUCUAUGAUUUCAAUUUGCAUUUAUAAACACUAUUAUUUAUAAACAGCGAAAAGGGAAAGUCUGGCAAACAAGUAAAUUAUAUGUUCUUAGUAAUCAGUUUUUAUUUAUAGGCCUACGACUAUUAACGAGAUUUGACGAGAAUGAAUGAAAAGUUAUGUUAACACUAUAAAAAUCAAGCUACAAGAUUUAAAUACUGCUAUUAACAAAACUAGAAAUUUGUCAUAUCUGAAAGAAAACUUAAAAUCAUUGGCAUUUAGAAGUAUUGUCCCUAAACCACGUGUUUCUGAAGAAAUAAUAACACAAAAGAAGAGGAAUAAACCAAACUUUUUAUUAAGAAAACAUCUUAAAAGAUCUUUACAUUACAAUGGAAGACAUAAAACCUCCAUCUCGAGUGAAAGGUAUGAAGAUAUUGCAAAAAGGGGAAUUCGAUACAACAUAUCUAGUACCUGCAGUGAAAAUAGAAAAUGAGCGUAUUAAAAAGUUUUUACAGGAAAAUAAAAAAUAUAUGUUAAAGCAGAGGGCCGUUAAACCAAUUAUAGACUUGGAAAAUGGAGAGAAGCUAAUACUUCUCAACCCGUCUAGUAAAGAAUAUCUACAAGAUUUACAACUAGAAUAUCAUAAUUUAGAAUUACAUUAUGAGAAUUUUAAUCAUCUUGACAUCUUUCAAGCAAUUUUACCGGAUCAUCUAGACAGAGUGUCAUCAUACAGUUCAAUUGGCCAUAUCCUCCAUUUAAAUCUUAAUGAGGACACCUCAGAGUACAAACAUUUAAUAGGUCAAGUUCUUCUGGAUAAAAUCCCUUAUGCUAAAACUGUUGUCAAUAAACAAAAUGUUAUAAACAAUACAUAUAGAUUUUUUGAAAUGGAAAUUUUAGCUGGAGAGGAGAAUUUUAUUACAAAAACGAAAGAACACGGUUGUAUUUAUGAAUUAGAUUUUAGUAAAGUUUACUGGAACCCUAGACUAAGUACUGAACAUCAAAGGCUAGUUAGUGAGCUUUCCCCAACAGAUAUCCUUUAUGAUGUAUUUGCUGGUAUUGGGCCGUUUGCUAUUCCUGCAGCCAAAAAAGGAUGUACAGUUUUAGCUAACGAUUUAAAUCCGGAAUCAUAUCGUUGGUUGGAGAAUAACGUAAAAAUUAACAAGACAAAGAUUUCAACGUAUAAUUUGGAUGGAAGGGAUUUUAUUAAAACAGCUUUAAAAUCACAUUUGAUCGAUAUUUGGAAAACUAACAACAAGACCAAUAUACAUGUUGCAAUGAAUCUGCCUGCAUUGGCUAUUGAGUUUCUAGAUGAAUUCGUUGGUUUAUUCUCCGAUUAUAGCACGACAUUGCCUGUUGGAGAAAUGCCAGUUAUACAUGUUUAUGGAUUUGGGAUCACAGAACAAGAUGUUUUGACAUCGGUGAUAUCUAAGCUUCCUGGCUUACAAUUGGAUGAUCUUCAAUUAAGAACUGUUAGAAACGUUGCACCUAACAAGAAUAUGUUUUUAAUUAAGUUUAAACUCUUAAAGAGUAUUCUUUUUAGAAGCGAUUUCGAAGAACCACCAACUAAAAAAAAGCUCUGCUCCAAUUAAACUACGCAUUCUUUUCUCUCUCUCUCUUAUUUUUAAUUAAACAAAAAUGAUUAGUAAAAGAGAAAGAGGAGAUUUAAAAUAAAAUAAAGAUGUUUGUUGAAAUUGUU